CGAAACAGCGUGGGGCUAUGCGUUGCGCAGGCGCGUUUGGCCGACUCGCUAGGUGGGGAGCUCUGGAGGCGGAGACCCAGGCAACUGGGGGGGCCACAGAAGUACCCCCUUAAACCUAUUCACAUUUUGACAGCUGCUCUGCUCCCUUGUGGACAUAACCCCUUCUUGACAUUUUGGAUCCCAGUUUUUUUGUGAUGGAGGCAUCUUUGGGGAUUCAGAUGGACGAGCCAAUGGCUUUUUCUCCACACUGCGACCAGUUUCAGACUGAUGAUUCUUUUAAAAAAUAUGAGCAAAAUUUUAAUCUUCCAGGUGUUAAAAAAGAUAUCGAGAAACUUUAUGAAGCUGUACCACAGCUUGGUAGUGUGUUUAAAAUUCAGAACAAAAUUGGAGAAGGCACUUUCAGCUCAGUCUAUUUGGCGACAGCACAGUUACAAGUAGGACCUGAAGAGAAAAUUGCUCUCAAACACUUAAUUCCAACAAGCCAUCCUGUAAGAAUUGCAGCUGAACUUCAGUGUCUCACAGUGGCUGGGGGGCAAGACAAUGUCAUGGGAGUUAAAUACUGCUUUAGGAAAAAUGAUCAUGUUGUUAUUGCUAUGCCAUAUCUGGAGCAUGAGCCUUUUUUGGACAUUUUGAAUUCUCUUUCCUUUCAAGAAGUACGAGAAUAUAUGUUUAAUCUUUUCAAAGCUUUGAAACGCAUUCAUCAAUUUGGUAUUGUUCACCGUGAUGUUAAGCCCAGUAAUUUUUUAUAUAAUAGACGCCUAAAAAAGUAUGCCUUGGUAGACUUUGGUUUGGCCCAAGGAACCCAUGAUACAAAAAUAGAGCUUCUCAAAUUGGUCCAGUCUGAAGCUGAGCAAGAAAGUUGUUCACAGAACAAGUCUCACAUACUCAUUGGAAACAAGAUCUCAUUGAGUGGCUCAGCAUCUAAGGAGUUGGAUCAGCAGUCCACCACAAAAACUUCUAUCAAAAGACCCUACACAAAUGCACAAAUUCAGAUUAAUCAAGGAAAAGAUGGAAAGGAGGGAUCUGUAGGCCUUUCUGCCCAGCGCUCUGUUUUUGGAGAAAGAAAUUUCAAUAUAUACAGCUCCAUUUCACAUGAGAGCCCUGCAGUGAAACUUGUAAAGCAGUCAAAGACUAUGGAGGUAGGAUCAAGAAAAUUAGCAACAAAAAAGAAGGCUAUUUCUACAAAAGCUAUGAAUAGUGGUGUGGUAAAGAAAACUGCCAGUUCUUGCCCAGCCAGCUUGACCUGUGACUGCUAUGCAACAGAUAAAGUUUGCAGUAUUUGCCUUUCAAGGCAUCAGCAAGUUGCCCCUAGGGCAGGUACACCAGGAUUCAGAGCACCAGAGGUCUUGACAAAAUGCCCAAAUCAAACUACAGCAAUUGACAUGUGGUCUGCAGGUGUCAUAUUCCUUUCUCUGCUUAGUGGACGGUAUCCAUUUUAUAAAGCAAGUGAUGAUGUAACUGCUUUGGCUCAAAUUAUGACAGUUCGGGGAUCCAGGGAAACUAUCCAAGCUGCUAAAACUUUUGGCAAAUCAAUAUUAUGUAGCAAAGAAGUCCCAGCACAAGACUUGAGGAAACUCUGUGAGAGACUCAGGAGUCUAGAUUCUAACACUCUCAAAUUAGCAAGUGAUACCCAAGGAGGUCCUUCUCAUGAUUCACCUUUUUCAGAGAAGACUGACCAUAAAGCUUCUUACAUCAUACAAAGAUCUCAAGCACAGCCCUCAGAUUCAUUAUAUAAAGGGGAUAGUAAUGGGUGUGGGAGUCAUUUUGAUGAUAACACCAAUUUAGAAGGGUGGGAUGAGGUACCUGAUGAAGCUUAUGAUCUGCUUGAUAAACUUCUAGACCUAAAUCCAGCUUCAAGAAUAACAGCAGAAGAAGCCUUGUUGCAUCCAUUUUUUAAAGAUAUGAGCUUAUGAUGAUGGUUCUUCAUGUAAAGUUACUGUGUAUUGUGAGGUGGAAUGAAAGAGUCCUUUGUAAUAGCCGUAAGUUAUUUAAAGGCCAGGGAAGGAUGAAUAAUUUAUUGUAAAAUUUUAGUAUUUUGAGGGGUGGCAGAUUAUAAAAUAUAGGUUAAAAUUACUUAAGAUGCCUCAAAGAGUUCUUUGGACUAACUACAUGAUCUUUGAAUUGAACCCAGCAAAGUAGAAUCAGAUCUUUAGUUUCCUCUCACCACGUACAAAAGAGGGAACAGUUUUACCCUCUGACAUGGGUUCAAGGUAUAAGAUUAAUGGAUGUGAUGGGGGUGAAAUGAGUCAGAAAGCUUAGUUUCCUGUUGCCCUAAGCGUAUGAGCUACAUAUCCUUUUCGAAAUUCAAACUGAUGCUGGAGCUUUCAACAAUUAUUUUAGGUAAAGAAAUAAUAUCAUCUUCUGGAGAUAUACAUUGUAUCUUUUAUAAACACUAAGUGAGGAAAUGUUCUUUAUGGGGCAAAAUAUUGCUUAAAAUUGUAUUUCAUUAUUCAUUUAAAAUAUUCCAUGAAACUUUUUUUUUUUGCAUUAAUUGUCAGGUUUUUUGGUUUUUCUUCUUCCUCUGCCCCUACCUAACACAUUCUCCUUGGAAAUGAUAUAGUACCACAAAUUUCUGGGUGCUUUACUAAGUGUAACAUGUUUACAGUUGGGAAUUUAAAAUAAUAACAUGCACACUGGUUGAUAAAGGGAAGCUUUCAGGACUAAGGUGAAUAUUGAUAGUUCAAAGUGCUUUUCUUUUUCUAUUUUUAUUAAGUUUCCCCAUAGCAUCUUAGGUAUAAUUAGAUAACUGCUCAAGGGAAAAGUGAACAUAGAAUUGAGAAUUUUACUGGAGAUAUUUUUCUCUACCUAGAGCCAUCCAGAUUUCAACAUCUGUUUUGACUAAGUUAAUCUUAUUCAGAAGAAUGAUUACUAGAGUCUUAGGUGGGUUGAAAAGACAUAAAUGAAGGAUGCAAAGUAGAAAAGGACCUAGUAUAGAGGUUUAUAUGUUAUCCACAUUCCAAAAUAAUCAGUGACAGUAUAUCACACUUCUUAUGGAAAGUAAAUCUGGGAGAAGUUUCCCAUUUAGUAGUUAUAGGUUAUAAAAACAAUUUAGGGACAAACAUUCACUUUGUUAUUUUGAGCAUUGGUAUGUCAGUGUGCUUACCUAAUGUUUAGUAAAUGUAGUAUAAUUGUGUGUGUGUGCACACACGUGUACAUGCCAUUGCCAUUGAUCUGAUGUCUUAUGCUGUAAUUAAAAAAAACUUGAAUGUUCUUAAAUUUGUAUGUUUAGUAAAAUUAUCCCUUUAUAUUUUUGUCAGACUACUUAUUUAAAAAAUGAUAGUUUAGCCGAGUUUAGUGGUGCACACCUAUAAUCCCAGCUACUCAGGAGGCUGAGGCAGGGAGAGCAGAAGUUCAAGGUCAGCCUGGGCAACUUAGACCCUGCCUCAAAAUUUUUUUUAAAAAGGCUGGGGAAUGGAGCUCAAUGAGUGUUUCUGGGUUUGGUCCCCAGUAUGUGUUGGCAUUGCCUAUAGUCCCAGCUACUCAGAAGGCUGAGGCGAGAGGAUCACUUGAGCCCACAAGUUUGGGACCAGCUUGGGCAACAGGGAGAUCCCCCAUCUCUUUGUAACAAAAGAAAAACUUUUAAAUUUUUGACCACUUCUUCAGAUUAAUGAAUAGCUCUCUUCAGCAGAUAGUGAUAAUAGGUUAAUAUUAACUGUUUUGGUAAUAACAGGUAAUAUAAAUGUUUUGGUCACAAUGUAUUCAAGUAACAUAUGAAAGAAGAUUUUGCUGUAGAAGAGAUGGUAAUUGACUUAAUUUAUAGAAUGUUUGCCCCAAAUAGUGAAAUAGUAAAUCAUCUCAGUAACCAAAAAAAAAGCUUUACUCAGCUGAAAGUUGUUUUUUUAUUCAGCUGAAAAUUUUGAUUGACAAGUUAACAAAUUAGGAGGAAGAAAAUUUUACUAGAAGGAUGGAGAGAGACAUUCUGUCAGGAAGUUUUGAAUUCAAGUCUGUCCAUGUUCACUUUCUGUUAGGAUGGAACUUGGUUGAUAUGCAAGAAGGGAGGUAAAUGGAGCUGGUAUUUUAAAAGUACUGUUUUACAAGUUAGUUCCUGGGGAAUUGUAAUUCUACUAGAGAAUGUUGCUACAGUUUGGGGGGAAAUUUCCCAGUGUUUCAUCAAAACUAGCAAGGAUGCGUAAUUGAGAUUUUUAGGCCUUUGGAAUAUAAUUUUAUAAUGGCAGAUACUUCCCUAAAAUAUUCAGGCAAAAUAGUCACUUCUAGAGAAAGAUUAAAAAGUUAACUAGUUAGUGCUAUUUCCAAUUUUAAUGGAAACUCCCAGAAUAUUCAACUAUUUUUCAUUGUCAGCCUUUUAAAAUUCUUAUUGCUCAGGCUCUUGAGAUAAAAUUGUUAAGAGUAUUUUCAUUAAAUAUGCCUUAGACAUUUAGACCUAUUACUAUAACAAGCUACAAGUGUUGGUUUUCAAAAGAGGCUGCAGCUCUCUAGCAUUUUUAAUGAAACUUUUCCUUAAAAGGAUGAUUAUGGUUCUUAAUGACCUAAAUAAAAAUGUGGCUCAAGAAUGGUCAUUUCAAGGAAUUAGACAAGUUUAUUUCAAAAUUGGAACAAAAGUCAUCAAGUAAUGUUAGUAUCUUCAUUUCUGGCAUCACUAUUUUAGGGACAGUUGUGUUACAGAUGUCAGAAUAUUGAUUGCAUAAAAUCUUGAAACCCACAAAAGUUGUAGGCUUAGGUCUUAGUAAUUUCUGUGUUCUAUGUAAUUUCAGCCCUAUACAUCACUGAAAAGUUAUUUAUCUUUAGAAACUGGCCAAAUCUGGCGGGUAAUGCUGUCUGCCAGUGUCCGCAGAUGUAUUGUUUCCGCCUACAUUUGUGCAUGCUGUCUGUGGUCUUUAACACUAACUCCAGACAGUAAUGUCAGCUCACUCUUCAGACUUUUUUCCUAUAUUCUUAGAACUGAUGUUGCUGUUUCCUAAUUUUGUCAAAUUAUGUGUCUGAACUGCCUUCCUUGAAAGGUAGACAUUAACUAUAUACCAGAUAAGUAAUCAGAAGUACAGUAAUUAAUGCUAUGUCAAAUUAAGGCAAAGUUUUCAAUAAAGCAACCACAAAAAGUGCUAACGCAAGUAUUUAGUAAAUGAUGCUUUAGAUAUAUAAAGUGAAAAAGCGUGAUCUCAGGAAAGUCAUAGCAAAUUGGUUGAGAAAAUUGUUAAAGAGUAGUUCAGAAUAGAAUUGCAGUGUAAGAGGUUAAUUUGACCUAAAUCUUUUCUCAGAAGAGAAUGAAUUAAAAGGAUAAAAUUGGCCUCUCACCUUUAUUUUCAUUGCUUUAGAAAAUUAACAAUUGAUGAAAAAGAAUUAAAAGGAUGAGCAAACAAUUAUUUGAAGAGUGUAUACGUAGCUUUUGUAAGGAAAGAAAGAUUAGAAAAUAGAUGUAAAUGGGAUAGAUUUCUAUUCAAGCAUACCCCACGUGCAGAAUAUCCUAUUGAAUUGAACACUUCAUGUCCUAACCUUUAAGCAGUUUCCAUGUAAGACCUGACUGAAGCAACUGUUUAAGAACAUUCUGAACUAAAAAUUUUAAUCACAACCUAUGAAGGAAGUAGCUUCAAGAUUUGUCUCUAGUUGCAGAUUUAGAGAAUGCCAGUGCUGUCUAGUAGGAAGCCAAGAAGAUGGAUCAAGGGAAGAGCUUCUGGCAUCUUUCAAUCAAGGGUAAAAACAGAGCACUUAGCAAUUGUGGGGUGAGUGGCACAAAUCAGAAAAUGAAAAUCAUCAGAUGGUUUCUUUCUAAUCAUAAGUUUUGCAUAUGUCCUCUAUCUACAUUGUAUUACUGAUAGUGUGUUUUUGUAAGUGUAUUUAAUUAUAUAUUUGCCCUCUGUGUAAAUUCCUUCUGUAACUUUCCCAUAGACUAGCAUGUGAUCUAGAAGUGACUCCAGCUAGGACAAUACCAAGAAAAUAAAUCAGAAACAGAUGCAUGGCUCUGUAGCCUCACAUUGUUAUUUUAGCUCUGUCUUUAAGAAAAAGGAACUGGGGACUGGGGAAUCUAUCCACCUCCAAAUUUCUCUAGACACUCAUCUUAAUGCUUCUUUUUACUGUGUAGAAAUUUUUGCAUUUUUUUCCUGGCAUGUUGCUGAUCAUUAUCUUCCUAUACCCAAAUUCUCUGAUUAAAAACAAAACCCGUCACACUGUAUGUGUAGGUAGGUAUAUGAGUAAUCUUUAGGCACAUGUUACCAAAGCUUCUUUAAAAUACACUUUUCCCCCAGGGUUGGGAAGAUUAAUGCCUUGUGCUGUAUGAGUGCCUUUCUUUCAUCUUAUUUUAAAAUUCCAUAGGUAAUGGCAAUAUUAAAUGUUUACUCCUCAAGAAAAGGAAACAUCACUUUUAUGUCUGAAAAAUGAAUACGAGCAUCUUACAUAUCUUUGUAUAUUAUGAGGAAGUAUCUUUCUUGUUCUUAUGUAUUUUGUCUAAACUAGUGCCUACCAUUUAUUGAGUUCAAGCUCAAUAAAUAUUAGUUGUGUGAAUGUA